AUGCAAUGGAUCAUGGUUUUGCCUGUUAUUGGUGAGACACUCCAACUCUUGAAGCCAAGCCCUUCUUUGGACAUUCCAGACUUCUACAAACUGAGGUUUAAAAGGUAUGGCAGUGUAUUCAAAACCAGCUUUGGGGGGACGCCUAUGGUUGUCUCCAUGGACAUGGAGUUCAACCGUUUUGUAUUUCGUCAAAACGACAAGCUGUUUCAGUCAUGGUACCCUGAAACAGCGAUGACCACAUUUGGCAAGAAGACCAUGGCCACAGGCUGUGGUCAGAUUCACAAGCAUAUGCGAACCAUCCUUGCUCCGCUGUACGCACCAAAAAACCUAGAGGAAGCUUUCAUUUCUGAAAUGGAGCGCAUCAUUGCAGAGUCCAUCAGACUAUGGGCUACUAAGCCUAGCAUCAACGUGAAAGAGGCUCUGACGGAUCAGCACUUCCACUUCAGGAGGAACAGAGACCGUGUUCCAGUCAUGCGUAUGUUGAUAGUGAUAAGCUUCAGGACCCAUCAGGUUGUCGGCCAUGCAAUCCUUCCUGGUGAAGAAGCCCAGUCCUUCAGCUUUGUCAGCCCGUUGUUGCCCUAUCUAUCACUGAAGCAAAAUACAUGGUUGUUGCUGAAGCAUGUAAAGAAUCGGUUUGGUUCAAAGCCCGUUGUUGCCCUAUCUAUCACUGAAGCAAAUUACAUGGUUGUUGCUGAAGCAUGUAAAGAAUCGGUUUGGUUGAAAGCUUUACAAUGUGCUAGUACGGAUGAGGAUUUUGAGUACAUGUCAAGAGUUCCAUAUUCUAGUGCUGUUGGUUCUUUGAUGUGUGCCAUGGUUUGCUCUCAUCCUGAUUUAUCAUAUGCUAUGAGUUUGGUUAGUCGAUACAUGGCUAAUCCUGGUAAAGAACAUUGGAAGGUUGCUCAGCGGAUUUUCAGGUACCUUCGUGGCACAACAAAUGCUUGUUUGAAGUUUGGCAAGACUGAUAAGGGACUCACUGGCUACAUGGAUUCAGAUUUUGCUGCUAAUUUGGAUAAGAGGAGAUCUCUACGUGUUAUGUGUUCAUUUUUGGUGGUUGUGCUUGAGUUUGAGAUGAAGGAUCUUGGUGCUGCUAAGAAAAUUCUAGGUAUGGAGAUUACAAGAGACAUAAAUUCUAGUUUGUUAUUUCUUAGUCAGCAAAGUUACAUUAAGAAAGUUCUUCAUCGUUUCAACAUGCAUGAUGCAAACUCUGUUAGUACUCCUAUUGCUCCUCAUUUUAAAUUAUCAGCUUUACAAUGUGCUAGUACGGAUAAAGAUUUUGAGUACAUGUCAAGAGUUCCAUAUUCUAGUGUUGUUGGUUCUUUGAUGUGUGCCAUGGUUUGCUCUCAUCCUGAUUUAUCAUAUGCUAUGAGUUUGAUUUGUAGAUACAUGGCUAAUCCUGGUAAAGAACAUUGGAAGGUUGUUCAACGGAUUUUUAGGUACCUUCGUGGCACAACAAAUGCUUGUUUGAAGUUUGGCAAGACUGAUAAGGGACUCACUAGCUACGUUGAUUCAGAUUUUGCUGCUGAUUUGGAUAAGAGGAGAUCUCUACGGAGCAAGAAAGAAAUCACUACGUUGAAGAAACUAUUGAGUAGUGAGUUUGAGAUGAAGGAUCUUGGUGCUGCUAAGAAAAUUCUAGGUAUGGAGAUUACAAGAGACAAAAAUUCUAGUUUGUUAUUUCUUAGUCAGCAAAGUUACAUUAAGAAAGUUCUUCAUCGUUUCAACAUGCAUGAUGCAAACUCUGUUAGUACUCCUAUUGCUCCUCAUUUUAAAUUAUCAGCUUUACAAUGUGCUAGUACGGAUAAAGAUUUUGAGUACAUGUCAAGAGUUCCAUAUUCUAGUGUUGUUGGUUCUUUGAUGUGUGCCAUGGUUUGCUCUCAUCCUGAUUUAUCAUAUGCUAUGAGUUUGGUUAGUAGAUACAUGGCUAAUCCUGGUAAAGAACAUUGGAAGGUUGUUCAGCGGAUUUUCAGGUACCUUCGUGGCACAACAAAUGCUUGUUUGAAGUUUGGCAAGACUGAUAAGGGACUCACUGGCUACGUUGAUUCAGAUUUUGCUGUCGAUUUGGGUAAGAGGAGAUCUCUCACAGGUUAUGUGUUCACUAUUGGUGGUUGUGCUGUUUGCUCUCGUCCUGAUUUAUCAUAUGCUAUGAGUUUGGUUAGUAGAUACACGGCUAAUCCUGGUAAAGAACAUUGGAAGGUUGUUCAGUGGAUUUUUAGGUACCUUCGUGGCACAACAAAUGCUUGUUUGAAGUUUGACAAGACUGAUAAGGGACUCAAUGGAUACGUUGAUUCAAAUUUUGCUGCUGAUUUGGAUAAGAGAAGAUCUCUCAUAGGUUAUGUGUUCACUAUUGGUGGUUGUGCUGUGAGUUGGAGGGCAACAUUGCAGCCCGUUGUUGCAUGUCUACCACUGAAGCAGAAUACAUGGCUGUUGCUGAAGCAUGUAAGAAUCGGUUUGGUUGAAAGUACGAAUGAGGAUUUUGAGUACAUGUCAAGAGUUCUAUAUUCUAGUGUUGUUGGUUCUUUGAUGUAUGCCAUGGUUUGCUCUCGUCCUGAUUUAUCAUAUGCUAUAAGUUUGGUUAGUAGAUACACGGCUAAUCCUGGUAAAGAACAUUGGAAGGUUGUUCAGUGGAUUUUCAGGUACCUUCGUGGCACAGCAAAUGCUUGUUUGAAGUUUGACAAGACUGAUAAGGGACUCACUAGCUACAUGGAUUCAAAUUUUGCUGUCAAUUUGGGUAAGAGGAGAUCUCUCAUAGGUUAUGUGUUCACUAUUGGUGGUUGUGCUUUUGGCAAGACUGAUAAGGGACUCACUGGCUACGUGGAUUCAGAUUUUGCUGCCGAUUUGGAUAAGAGGAUAUCACUCACAGGUUAUGUGUUCACUAUUGGUGGUUGUGCUGUGAGUUGGAUGGCAACAUUGCAGCCCGUUGUUGCCCUGUCUACCACUGAAGCAGAAUACAUGGCUGUUGCUGAAGGAUAUAAAGAAUCGGUUUGGUUGAAAGAUUACAAGACGAGAUUUUUGCUGUGGCAAGUCAAGAUGCGGGCGAUUCUGGCACAAUCUUCGGAUCUUGAUGAGGCGCUGGAUGGUUUUAGAGGUAAAGGGCGGAAGUCAUGGACUGCUGAAGAGAAGCGGAAGGAUCGUAAGACUUUGUCUCUGAUUCACCUUCAUCUACAUAAUGAUAUUUUGCAAGAAGUGCUGCAGGAGAAAACUGCAGCAGAACUUUGUCUCAAGCUGGAAUCGAUCUGCAUGUACAAGGAUCUAACCAGUAAGAUGCAUGUGAAGAUGAAGUUGUUCACGCACAAGCUGCAAGAAGGUGGUUCGGUGAUGAACCACUUAUCGAUCUUUAAGGAGAUCGUUGCCGACCUAGUGUCGAUGGAGGUGUUGUUUGAUAUUACAGUGAAGAAGAUUAUUGGCUUUGAACCCGACAGCCCAAUGACAAAGGAAUUGAGAAAAAAUUAUGACUUGUUCUUCAAAGGCCUGAUAUCCUUCCCACUUUGUGUUCCAGGGACAAAAUUUUAUCAAAGCAUACAGGAGUCGGGCCUGACCGACGGCACACCGGGUCCGUGCAGUGCAUCGCGAGCUCGAGAGCGUGUCCAUGAGCUCAUCCCCGGAGGUGCCCAUGGUGGUGGCUUUGUGCAUCAGCUCCAGGUCAUCGAACAUCACGCUAAUCCACUCAUUCACGAUAUAGGCUACCCACUAUGGCAGAUGGUGUCCGUGAGGGACUUGCUCAUGAGCAGCUCUAGGAUGAUGUGA